AUGUAUUCUGAUCAGCCGUCAAUCAAUCCAAAAUUUGAUGAUAGCGACCAAUAUGAACUUGUUGCCGUCGCAACAAGAAAACUGGUCAUAAAAGCUCCAAAAUCAAUUGAUAUUGAAAACGUUUAUUCAGCAAACUCAACACUAAAAUUUGAUGAAAUAAUUGAUGUUCGAACACCUGGCGAGUAUGAAGUGGAUCAUUUACCAAACGCUGUUAAUCUACCUGUUUUAACGAAUGAACAACGCCACUUCGUUGGUAUUAAAUAUAAUCAAAAUAAAUUUGAAGGAAAACACCAUGGAGCUAUGUUAAUAACAAAAAAUAUUUCAAACAUUUUAGAGUAUCAGUUGUUUAAUGAUUCAAAUGAACAACAAUUACCAUCAACGAAAAAGAAAUAUUUAAUUUACUGUCAACGUGGUGGACAACGUUCAAUUAGUCUGGCAUUUAUUUUGACACAAAUUGGUUAUGAAGAAAUUUUUAUUUUACAGAAUGGAUAUUCAUCUUAUCGAAAAUAUGUUCAAAAAAUGAUUAGUGAAUUAAGUAAACAACUGAAGUGGAGAAUCAUUGGAACACUGACAGGAUGUGGAAAAACAGAUCUGUUGAAUUACAUGGAACAACAUUGUCAAAUACAAACACUCGAUCUAGGUAACAGACGAAAUAGUCAGCGAAGCGUGUAA